AUGACGAGUCAAAAAGAAUUGGAUUACUGUUAUGACUUUGUUAUGAAACUGACCAUUGAAUCGGCGAAGAUCAUCAGAGAUGCGAUACAAGGUGGAAAAAAUAUUGAAACUAAAGCUGGUGACUGGGACUUAGUUACUGAGUACGACAAAAAAGUUGAACAAAUUUUGAUUGACGGCCUUAAUUUCCUACACACAACUCUCCUGGUGAAUCGGGAACCAGAAAUCGGGAUUGUAUACAACCCAGUUCUCGAGCAAAUGUUUACAGCGCGACGAGGACGCGGCGCUUAUCUAAACGGGAAGCCGAUCAAAAGUUCUGACGUCUUUGAAUUGCGACAGUCUCUGGUGUGCAUUGAAGCAUCAUAUGCGACCAUAGAAGACAUCAGGGACAUAAUCCUCGGUCGGUUCGAGGCAUUUGUUACAAUAGCCCACGGAAUAAGAACUCUUGGAUCCGCAGCGUUGACACUUUGCCAUGUGGCGAUGGGGGCCGCAGAUGUUUAUCACACCGACAAUUUAAUGCCCUGGGACGUUGCUGCGGGUGUUCUGAUAAUCCGCGAAGCCGGCGGUCAUGUUAUCGAUACAUCUGGCGGAGAUUUCAAUAUUAUGAAGCCUAGAGUGCUGGCUAUGGGCAAUAGAAAACUUGCACCCGAGCUGGUCAAGCUUGUCAGACUUGCUGAUGUUAAAACUCACCGGCGACGCAUUUUAAAAACUGCUUUGAACCGUGAAAAAGUUGUUAAAAUCAAGGGAGAUUUUCGGGACCUUGUUACUGAUGAUGACCAAGCUAUUGAAAAUUUAUUAAUAUCAAAUUUGAGUAAAAAAUUUCCUGAUCACAAGUUUAUUGCUGAAGAAUCUUACAACAAAGAUGAACCAUUAGAAUUAACCGACGCACCUACAUGGAUUAUUGAUCCAAUCGACGGCACAGUUAAUUUUGUUCACGGGUUUCCACAAUGCUGCAUAUCAAUCGGCCUAGCAAUUAAUAAAGAAAUGACACUCGCUAUUAUUUACAACCCUCAUUUCAAUGAAUUAUACACGGCAAAAAAAGGCCAAGGUGCGUUUUUGAAUGACAAAAAAAUUACAGUCUCCAAAACACCUAAAUUGGAACUUGCACUGUUGAACAUCGAGCCCGGACUAUUAAAAUCAGCGCCUAAGCGCGAUAUUGUAUUAGGAAGAAUAGAAGCAUUGUCACGAGUAGCUGAUGGAGUAAGAAAUGUUGGGUCAGCAGUAUUGGGACUAGCAUACGUCGCAAAAGGUACAAUUGACGGAUUUCAAAUAGAUCAUUUGAAACCUUGGGAUGUUGCGGCUGGGAUUCUGCUGGUUAGAGAGGCCGGUGGUACUGUUAUAGAUACCAAAGGAGGAGUUUUCAAUGUCAUGAAAGCAAAUACGAUAGCAACGGGGACAGAAGCUCUUGCGAAAAUGAUCAACGAUGCUGACCGUCAAUUGAUGAUAAAUUACCUGGGGUCCCAUGUUAGGAGGCAUUUGCUGCGGAUGUGGUGGAUAAUUUUGCUGCUGAGACGGCGGUUGAGGCGGUUGCGACAUAGGCGGUCCACCAGGUCCAGGUCCCGGGCCAGAAGGUGGAGGAGGACCACCAGGAUAUACUUGAGUCGGACUGUGAGGAUGAUGUUGCGGAGGUCCCAUCGGACUUCCCUGUGGGUUUGA